GGGGCCGGCCCGGCGCGCGCUCUGCGAGUCCGACCGGGCCCAAGACCCGGAACCGGGGUCGGCGGGACCUGAGAGCCCGUCCUGAGCGCCCCGGCGCGGCGGAGCCUCCGCUGUCCCCCGCGGGACCGGGGCCGUCCCGGUGCCGGGCGCCGCUUCCACGCCCUCCCCCUCGCCGUGUCCACCGCGGAGCCUCCGGGCCGGGCCUGACCCGCCGCCGGGCACGGGCAGCACCCCCGGCCCGCCCGGGGGCCGAGCCGCCCCGACCCCGCUCCGCUCCCCAGCCCGGCCCCUCCCGGCCCCGCGGCGAGCCCGGCCCAUGGCACCAUCUAGUGGCACCGCCCGGCCCGGGCGCCCCGGGCUGCGGGUCAGCGCUGGGUGCGGGUCAGCCCGGGCCGGUUCUCCCGGCCGGUCCCUUCGCGCCAGCGCGUCCCGGUCCCCGGGGGACAAUCGUGUCCCGGGCGGGGGAAGCCGGCGCGGCGGUGCCGCCCAGCCCUGGGUGCAGGCGGCCGUAAUGAUGCUGCUCGGCCGCGUCCCCGGCCCGCGGGGCUCCCGCCGCGGCCCUGCGCACAACGGCAGCCGGGGGCCCGGGGAGGAACAGCAGUCGCCUGGCCGGGAGCAGCCCCGGGCUCCCAGAGGGGCUGCGCUGAGCAGGAGCCACUCGCUGCCGCUCUGAGGAGCGGAGGGGACAGCGAUGGCUCCAGCUCCGGGCUGGCCGGUGCUGGCCGGGGGGCUCCGGGGGAGCUGGUGUCCCCACGCCGCGCCACCGCAGGGUCAGGACAGCCCGUGGCAGCAGCACCCACCCCGGCUGGAAGUGGCAGCCUGGACAGAGAGCCGAGACGUGGAGCUGAUUUCGGUCACCGUGGGAAAGCCACCCUGCUGCAAGAGGAAUGACGGGGGACUGGUCCUCAGGCAGCGUCUGGCCCACAAAGGGUUAAGCAAGGCACCCUGGAGUGACACCACUGCCACCAGCCCGGGAGCUCGGUGGCUCCUUCCUGGUCGGAUCGGAGGCUCGCCCGAAGUGGGGCUGAGGAAGGGGCCGGCGGCUGCACGGAGGAGCCGCAGCCGGUCUGUGCCCCCGGAUGCCGGGCAGGGGCUGCCACACGGGCCGGCUGCCGCGGCCACCGUCCCGCGCUUGCGCUGGCGGGUACCCAGCAUGGAGGAGAUGGUGAUCUGGGAGCAGCACACAGUGACGCUGAGCAAGGACCCUCAACGGGGCUUUGGCUUCGCUGUCUCUGGGGGCCGGGACCGUCCCAACAAGGUGACUGGGGACACAGCGGUGGUCGUUUCGGAUGUGGUGGCCGGGGGACCAGCAAUGGGGCGGCUCCAGAGGAAGGAUCACAUUGUGAUGGUGAACGGCCUCUCCAUGGAGAACGUCUCGUCCUCAUUUGCCAUCCAGACGCUUAAAACCUGCGGCAAGAUCGUCAACAUUACAGUUAAAAGACAGAAGAAGGUUCACCUCCCCGCCAGCAAGAGCAGCCCCAGGUCCCCGGCUGCGCCCCGGCGCUAUGAUUCGGAUGAGGACGAUGGGCUGCACAGUGCGGAUCCAGCCCUGCGCCGCUCCCGGGACGACCUGGACCACAGCCAGGGCUACGACGGGGACUCGUCCAGCGAGAGAAGCUCUGGCGACCACCACGGUGACGGCCGCCAGCACAAGCUGGUGUCCCGGAACCGGAGGCAAAGCCAGGACAGGAGCCACUGGCGGCAGAGCCCCGGCAGCGGCUCGGAUCACAGGGGCUACAGCCGGCACCGCUCUGCCAAUGGCUUCAGUGACGAAUGGGACACCAACGGCCUGGCCCUGGUGUCUGGCUUCAAGCGGCUGCCACACCAGAAUGUGCCCACAAAGCCCAUCACGUCGGUCCUGGUGAAGCAGAAGCAGAAUGAAGAGUAUGGCCUGAAGCUGGGGAGUCAGCUCUUCAUCAAGCACAUAGUGGAGAGUGGGCUGGCGGCAAGGGAUGGCUCCUUGCAGGAGGGAGACCUCAUCCUGAAGAUCAACGGGGUGCCCAGCGAGGACAUGUCCCUGGCUGACACCCAGCAGCUCAUCGAGCGCACGGAGGGGACCCUGACCCUGCUCGUCCUCCGCGACAACCGGCAGUUCCUGGUCAACAUUGCUGACAUAGACGACAGCCAGAGCGACAGCUCCCGGAUGGAUGACAUCUCCGACAUCAACUCUGAACGGUCCCACCCGCCAUCCCGUGAGGCCUCCCCGCCCCCUCCAGCUGCUGCCAGGAGGAGUUCACCGGAGGAGAGACGAACAAACAGGGACCCUGUGGCCAACACGAUUGUGGACAACGCUCGGGGCCCUGACCUGCUGGAAGCCGUGGAGGGGGCCAGUAGCCGCAGCCCCCACACCAGCCCCGCGGCCCGAGCUGCACACAGGGACGGGUACAGCGCCGACUCCAGGGUCGUGCACUUUGUGAAGGCCAAGAGCGCUGGGCUGCGCCUGGCUGGGGGGAACGACGUGGGCAUCUUCGUGUCGGGCGUGCAGGAGGGGAGCCCGGCUGAGAGCCAGGGCGUCCGGGAAGGGGACCAGAUCCUGCAGGUGAACGACACCAGUUUCCAGAACCUGACCCGCGAGGAGGCUGUGGAGUACCUGAUGAGCCUGCCGCCGGGCGAGGACAUCGUGCUGCGGACCCAGAGCAAGCAGGACAUUUACAGGAAGAUGAUCUCAUCCAACGUGGGUGACUCGUUCUACAUCCGGACACACUUUGACUUCGAGAAGGACACACCGUCGGGGCUCAGCUUUGUCCGCGGGGACGUCUUCCACGUGCUGGACACCAUGUACCGCGGCAGGCUGGGGAGCUGGCUGGCUGUGCGCAUGGGCAGGGACCUGCAGGAGCAGGACAAGGGCAUCAUCCCCAACCAGCGCAGGGCCGAGCAGAUCGCCAGCCUGGAGUCAGCGAUGAAAGCUACAUCUGGUGCCAACCCCUCCGGGGCACGGGCCGAGUUCUGGAAGCUGCGGGGCCUGCGGGGAGCCAAGAAAAUGCUGCGGAAGAGCCGCGAGGACCUGUCUGCCCUCACCAAGCAGGGCCACUACCCGCCCUAUGAGAGGGUGGUCCUGAAGGAAGCCAGCUUCAAGCGGCCGGUGGUGAUCCUGGGCCCCAUCGCAGACAUCGCCAUGCAGAAACUGAGCACGGAGCUGCCCGAGCUGUUUGAGAUCGCCCCGAGCGUCCCCCGCGAUGGGGCAUCUUCCAAGGUCAUCAAGUUGGACUCAGUGCGGCUGAUCGCAGAAAAGGACAAGCACGCCUUGCUGGACAUCACGCCCUCGGCUGUGGAGCGUCUCAACUACGUGCAGUACUACCCGGUGGUGGUGUUCUGCGAGCCUGAGAGCAGGCAGGGCAUCAAGGCCAUGCGGCAGUGGCUGGCGCCUGACUCCAGGAAGAGCUCCCGGCGCCUCUACGCCCAGGCCAGCAAGAUGAAGAAGCACUGCAGCCACCUCUUCACCGCCACCGUCAGCCUCAGCAGCAACGCCUGGUAUGAGGCCAUCAAGGACAUCAUCAGGACACAGCAGAGCCAGCCCGUCUGGACGGCGGUGGAGCAGGCAGAUCUGGCACGGGAGGACAGUCUGGAGCUGCUGAACCCGCCAAGUGCAGCAGCCUCGGGCUACCUGACCUGUGACAGUCGUGCCAACAGCGACUACGAGGACACGGACGGCGAGGCGGGCGCCUACACCGACGGCGAGACCGAGGACACGUGUGACCAGCCCGGGCUGGCCCGCUCCUCCGAGCCAGCGCAGGUGUCCCCGGGCCACGGCCUGAGCGAGCAGGCGCCCAAGCAGCAGCAGGAGCCCCGGCGGGGCCAGCGCCACGACAGCAUCAGGGAAUACGAGCACGACGCGGUGAGGAAGAGGUUCACGCGGGCCAGGGAUGACUCGGAUGAGGAUGAAGGCUAUGAGUGGGGCCCGGCUACAGACGUGUAACGGCACCGCUGGCCUCCUCCACAGCACCUUGGGCCAGUCCGGCCCCAGCCCCACGGGCCGGCCCAGGUGGUGCCACAGAGCAGCACACGGCCAGGCUGGGCCUCAUCCUGCUGCGCCCGCACCACCAACUGCCUUUUGGCCACAGCCUCUGCUGCUGGAAUAAAUGGAAUGUUUUGA